AUGAACAACAGAAACCAGACCAGAAUCUAUGAAUUUCUUCUCAUGGGCUUUUCGGAGCACCUGGAGCAGCAGCUUCUCUUGUUUGGACUGUUCAUGGGCAUGUACCUGGUCACUGUGGUGGGGAAGCUGCUCAUCAUCCUGGUCAUUGGCUCUGACCAGCACCUCCACACCCCCAUGUACCUGUUCUUGGCCAAUCUGUCCUUUUCUGACAUUGGUUUCAUCUCUACAAUAAUUCCCAAGAUGCUAGUUAAUAUUAGCUCAGCAAUUAAGCAUAUUUCUUAUGGUGGGUGUCUGACACAGCUCUACUUCUUUGGACUAUUUGCAGAUCUGGACAAUUUUCUCCUUGCUGUGAUGGCACUUGACCGCUAUGUGGUCAUCAGCCACCCCCUCCAUUAUGCCAUGACCAUGACCUCUCAACGCUGCAUUCUGUUUGUGGUUGGGUCAUGGGUGAUCACUUCCUUCCAUGCCCUAGUGCACACACUCCUUCUGACCAGACUUUCCUUCUGUGGUCCCAAUAUCAUUCUCCACUUUUUCUGUGAUCUGGUCCCCCUCCUGAAGCUGGCCUGCUCUAGUACGUAUGUUAAUGACCUAGUGCUCAUUCUUGUGGCAGGAGCACUGCUGAUCGGUCCCUUUGUCUGCAUUCUUAUGUCCUAUUUGUACAUUGCACUGGCUAUCUUAAGAAUUGAUUCUCCAAGGGGUAAGCAAAGAGCCUUCCCCAACUGCACUUCUCACCUCUCUGUGGUAUCCCUGUUCUACAGCACAGCCAUUGGGGUCUAUUUGUGUCCUCCAUCAUCUCACUCUGAUGGGAAGAACAAAGUCUUCUCAGUAAUGUACACAGUGGUGAUUCCCAUGUUGAACCCCUUCAUCUAUAGCCUCAGAAACAGGGACAUGAAGGGGGUACUGGAGAAACUUCUCAGAAUAAAAACACCAAAAACAGGACUCCAAGAUUGA